AGGGAACUGGGAACUUUCGAAAGAGACCGACGCUGUGCGCGUAGCGCUUCCGCCAACGUCGGCAGCUGAUUGGCGCUCAGCCGUCGGCUCGACGACCGACGUUGACCAUUGCCGUUCCCUAGGAAGUUUCGAGAACAUACACUGCAAGCGGCAAUAUCGGUAGGCGACGUGGGCGCACGGACUACGGAGUCGCACGGAAUCCGGGCUCAGUGCUCAGUUUCAUACGUGAAACGUUGUGACGCGGACGCGAAGGUAGAACGGGUGUCGCACGAAACGUGCGCGGUCAUUCUCUACAGCGACACUCCUUGUCGUUUACGCAGGUAAGUAACUCUCGCGAAUCGCGCUACUCUUCGCUCUUGUAGUCUUGUCAGGGGGGACGAUCCAUUCGCUGUGACCGAUCUAACGACGUGGACCGGGAACGAACAACGGACUGAAAGGACGACCCAAGUCGCGCGAUCGAUCGAUCGGUUGGUCGCGAUAUUCGUCCUCUCUCUCUCUUUCUCCCUGAGAAACGUGUAAUCGGGGAUUAGCAUACUCGCGUAAGGCGUAGACAUUUAUACAAAAUUUUUCGGAAUCAUUGUCGGGAAUUUGAGAUUUCGGGAUUUCGUCGCGGUUUCUCCUGGCCCAACUCCGCGUAACGGUCACCGAAACCACUGCGAAGGGGUGUGGGGGGCAAGAGCGCCUUGGCUUGGCGGACGGUCGAAGGUUGCGACGAUAUAUUUCGCACGAUUGCACAUUGAUGGACGUUAUGAAGCGGCAAUUGAACUGAUCGCCAGGCAAGUAUGUACCUACUGUCUCGUUGCAACAGCGAGCUUGAAAAGAAAGAUGGAAGCCAGUAACCUGGCUAUCAAGUCUGUGCACGCUUGCCCGACGACUCGUGUCGAUUAAUGAUGCACCAAGGCAUCGGCCGCUGCUGAAAAAAGGAGAUUGAAAUAGGAAAAGAAAAAAAAAAGAAAAAAUAGAAUCGCUUAUCAUGAGGAAAACGCGUUUUACGCGUAAUACGUGCGUUGAGCAUAAAAAUUCGUCACGAGCGAUCUGAUAAACUCUUCGUUACACCGAUUUUGUCGUUCGAUCAACUUGGGAACCCGCGUGCUCGGUAAUAUCUAUGCGAAAGCGGAAGGCUUUAGAAAGCUCGGAGAGGUGGUCUUUGUUCGGGAAGCAUCCACGGCACACGCGCCUCGCCUUUUGAAAUAAUCCGCUCGCUGAUCUAUUCAAUCGUAUACUCCCAGUCCUACUGUAGACGCCAUUUUGAAAUUCGCAUGAAUUCCGCGAGUAUUUUAUAUUAAUUUAUAUUCUUUGAAUUUUCACGAGCGAGUGCACGACUUCUACCUCUACAAACACAUGCAAAAAAAUUGCGUGAAAAAAUAUCUGCAUGCGUUGCGAGGCUUGAAAUCAGUUGUGGUAAAAAUGAAAAAAAGGAGGAAGAAACAAGUCAGCAAGAGUGGUUUAAUACACUAACUACCUAACUGUGAAAAUGGUUAAGGAGACUACAUUUUAUGAUGUAUUGGGUGUGAAGCCCGGAUGCUCGCAGGAAGAUUUGAAGAAGGCCUAUAGAAAGCUCGCUUUAAAGUAUCAUCCUGAUAAAAAUCCUAAUGAAGGAGAAAAGUUUAAACAAAUUUCUCAAGCGUACGAAGUAUUGUCAAAUCCGGAGAAGAAGCGUAUCUAUGAUCAAGGUGGUGAGCAGGCUUUGAAAGAAGGUGGCAUGGGUGGUAGUGGCUUCUCUUCUCCUAUGGAUAUUUUCGAUAUGUUCUUUGGAGGAGGAUUUGGCGGUCGAGGAGCGAGGAGGAGAGAACGCAGAGGUCAAGAUGUAAUGCAUCAAUUAUCAGUUUCUCUCGAGGAACUUUACAAAGGAACUGUGCGUAAACUGGCUCUGCAAAAGAAUGUUAUUUGUGAGAAAUGUGAAGGUGUCGGUGGAAAGAAAGGUUCUGUUGAGCAAUGUUCUACAUGUCAUGGUUCCGGUUUGCAAGUACAAAUCCAGCAGUUAGGUCCGGGAAUGUUGCAACAUUUACAAACUAUGUGUGCAGAUUGCAAAGGACAAGGGGAACGUAUUAAUCCCCGUGAUCGUUGCAAAUAUUGCAAUGGAAGAAAGACUAUUAGAGAUAGAAAGAUACUUGAGGUUCAUGUUGAUCCAGGAAUGGUUGAUGGUCAAAAGAUAACUUUCAGUGGCGAAGGUGAUCAGGAACCAGACUUGGAGCCUGGCGAUAUAGUUAUUCUUCUCGAAGAAAAAGAUCAUGAUGUAUUCAAGCGUUCAAGAAAUGAUCUGAUUAUGCGGAUGCAACUAGAACUCGUAGAGGCAUUAUGUGGAUUCCAGAAAGUUAUUCGUACUUUGGAUGGUAGAGAUCUAGUGAUAACUUCACUUCCCGGCACUGUGACGAAACACGGUGACUUGAAAUGCAUCUUGAACGAGGGCAUGCCGAUUUAUAAAGAUCCAUUUACACAUGGCAGACUUAUAAUACAAUUUAUAGUCAAUUUCCCGAAGAGCAUAGACCCAUCGCUUAUUCCAUCAUUGGAACAAUGUCUGCCGCCGAGGGAAGAGGUUAUAAUUCCAGACGGUGCCGAGGAGUGUUUACUUACCGACUUGGAUCCUGAGCAGGAGCAAAGGCGGAGAGACACGAGACAAGCGUAUGAAGAGGACGAAGGAGGUCCAUCGCGAGUCCAAUGUGCCACACAUUAAUUUGAUUACACUAACCCUGUAAUAAACAUAGCCGUUUCUUUCAUUUCAAA